GGACUUCUGUGUCUCCACGCCAGAAACUCCGAGUAUUUUAACAUUUUCUGAUUAGCCAAUAAAAAGCUGAAGGUCGGCACGUGGUUUAUUCGUCUGGGCAGGAGUGAGGUAUUCCAUCCAGAUCCCUUCGCUCUUGCCAGGAUCAAACAUGGCGGGCUGCAGCCUGCUCUUCCAGAACACCUAGCUCGCUCUCCAGCGACUCCAAUCAGGUUUUGGCGCUCCUUCUUUUACCUUCCUUCCCCACCGCGGCUACAAGACGGUAGGCACCUGGGAGCGUGACAGCGGACCUGCUUCCCGCCCCCACUCGAGGGUCCGCCCUCUCGUCCGCGUCAGCCAAUCGCAGGCUGCGCUACGGCGGCUGGCAGCUCCGGCCGGCCCCACCCCCCCAAUCUCGCUGUGACCUGCGGCUCCGCGGCCGGUAAGCGCCGCUCUCUGUGGUGCGUGUUGGUCGUGUGGAAACGCGGUUCGCGGACGCUCGCUGCCGGCCACAUCUCAGCCCAGCGCCGCGGAGGCCUCCGCCAUGGACUUCGAGGACGAUUACACACACUCUGCCUGUCGGAAUACUUAUCAGGGUUUUAAUGGAAUGGAUCGUGAUUAUGGCCCUGGAUCUUAUGGAGGGAUGGACCGUGACUAUGGCCAUGGAUCCUAUGGGGGUCAAAGAUCCAUGGACUCCUACCUAAACCAGUCAUAUGGCAUGGACAAUCACAGUGGUGGUGGUGGGGGUAGCAGGUUUGGACCUUAUGAGUCUUACGACUCCAGGUCUUCUCUGGGUGGGCGAGAUCUGUACAGAUCUGGCUAUGGUUUUAAUGAACCCGAACAAAGCCGCUUCGGAGGUAGUUAUGGUGGUCGAUUUGAGAGCUCCUACCGGAAUAGCCUUGACUCUUUCGGAGGUAGAAACCAGGGCGGGUCUAGCUGGGAAGCACCUUACUCCCGUUCAAAAUUGAGGCCUGGGUUUAUGGAGGACAGAGGAAGAGAGAAUUACUCUUCCUACAGCAGUUUUUCUUCACCCCAUAUGAAGCCUGCUCCUGUAGGCUCUCGGGGGAGAGGAACGCCUGCUUAUCCUGAAAGUACGUUUGGAAGCAGAAACUAUGAUGCUUUUGGAGGACCAUCAACAGGCAGAGGCCGAGGCCGAGGACAUAUGAGUGAUUUUGGAAGCAUUCAUAGACCCGGAAUUGUUGUUGACUAUCAAAACAAAUCCACCAAUGUGACAGUUGCUGCUGCAAGAGGAAUAAAGAGAAAAAUGAUGCAACCAUUUAAUAAGCCUGGUGGAACCUUUAUCAAGAAACCCAAGCUAGCAAAACCUGUGGAGAAGAUGAUUCUCAGCAAAUCACCUACAAAAAUUGAUCCUAAAAAUGAAGAAGAAGAAAAGCGGCGAAUUGAAGCCCGACGAGAGAAACAAAGGCGCAGAAGAGAAAAAAACAGUGAGAAAUAUGGAGAUGGAUACAGAAUGGCAUUCACAUGUUCAUUUUGUAAAUUUCGAACGUUUGAAGAAAAAGAUAUUGAACUGCAUCUGGAAAGCUCUUCACACCAGGAAACAUUAGAUCAUAUUCAGAAACAAACUAAGUUUGAUAAAGUAGUUAUGGAGUUUUUGCAUGAAUGUAUGGUGAAUAAAUUCAAGAAAACGUCUAUUCGUAAGCAACAGACAAAUAAUCAAACAGAAGUAGUCAAAAUAAUUGAAAAAGAUGUUAUGGAAGGUGUUACUGCAGAUGAUCACAUGAUGAAAGUGGAGACUGUUCACUGCAGUGCCUGUAGUGUGUAUAUCCCUGCUUUACAUAGUUCAGUUCAGCAGCACUUAAAAUCUCCUGAUCAUAUCAAAGGGAAGCAGGCUUAUAAGGAACAAAUAAAAGAGAAAGUGUCUUGAUGCUACAAGCAUUUUAAUAAUCCAAUAGUGAAGGCACGAUAUGACGUUUUGUUAAGGGAGAUUGAGACCUUUAGAUGUGAACUACACAGUUCUCUCCUUUCUGCCGGUGAGAAUCCUUUUGAAAUUCAAGAUCAUUCUCAAGAUCAGCAAAUAGAAGGAGAUGAGGAGGAGGAAGAAAAGAUUGAUGAACCUAUGAAGAGAGAGAGUGAAGAGGAAGAAGAGAAGGAAGUGGGAGAAGGAGAGGAAGUGGAAGAAGUGGAGGAAGUGGGAGAAGGUGGAGGAAUAGAGGGAGUGGGCAAUGUAGAGGAAGGGGGAGACAUAGAGGGCGUGGGGGAAGGGACAGUGGGGGAGGAAGGGGCAGUAGUGGAAGGGGAGGGAGUAGGGGAAGGAGAGGGAGCGGGUGGGAGAGAAGAGCGAGCAGAAGAGUCUGUCCACUUCCCUGUUGAUCAACAUGAAGAAAAUUAAAUAUAAGGUAUUAGAUUUAAAAGAAGCUUUAAAUCUGUCCUAAUGUGGGAAAGGGUAAGAAUUUUAAUAGUUUAAAAUAUGAGAGUUAACACCCAUGUUGCAUGCAUUCUACACAUUAAAAGUUGUUUUAUAUAA